AUGUGCACUUCAGUGCCCGUCUCCUCCCGGGAGUUCAUGAACCUCUUCUUUGAAGCCCCACAUCUGGCAGGUACUGAUGCAGGGCACGAGAAUGUCCGGGAGGCCCAUGCGGACAUCCUCGAGGAGAUGCAGCACAAGCGAGCACUAGCUGAGCAGAACCAGAUGCAGGCGGGGGGCGGAGGCGCGCCGCAGGCCCUGAUCGCGGCAGAGGCCGCGGCCAGGAUUGCCCCAAGCUCUCCGGCUGCGGCGGCUGCCAAGGCGAGUUCUACAAAACCAGCAGCGGCGGCAACGCCUCGUGCGGAAGAGCUGCGAAAGAAGCCCUCAGGGCGCCGGCCGAGUUCGGGACCGAGAGUUCCAAGUCCCGCGCCGCAAGUCGAGCCAAAGCCGGCAGAAUCCGCCGAGGAUGCGCUUGCAACCGAUGCCGCAGUUGACCCGGAGGCACCGGCGGCCAGCGAAGAACGCCUCUCGGUUCAGUCAGAAAUCGAAAUCGACGAGCUGGCACCUGCGGAAGAUGCCGCGAGCGAUGCAGGUGGCCAGGCUACCGUUGACGUGCACUCGCUGGCGGAAGAGACCGUCGAGAAGACUCAAGAGACCGAGAGGCUCACGGCCAAGUGUCACAAGGCCGAGGAGAUGCUAAAGGUGCGGCAACAGAGCGAAGAGGCCGACAAGGAAAUUGAAAAACUCCAGAAGGAGAUCGAGAAGGUGAAGUCGAUGUUGCAGUUGCAGCAGAAAGCUGAACAAGAGGCUGUCCAAGGAGCCACGAAAACAAAUUCCACAGACAUCGAGAUCUCGGUGACACGGCCCCUGGACGACGCGAGUGCAGAAAUGACAUCUAUGGAUUCGCCAGGUUCGCCCGAUGCAACGGCAACGACGCCACAGCGUCAGGUCUCCGUCGAAGAAGAGGCGCCAUCCUCCAAGGAGGCGAAGGUCCAAUCCCUCAUCAAGUCGGAGGCGAGGAAGAAAAAGAGGCUCCUACAGCUCCGGAACGCGAAGCUGGGGAUGCUAAACAAGCUCCUAGAGCAGGCUGGCCUGACGCAGGAGCUUCGCCCAAGCGCCGCGCCGGAGACGGUUGAGGAGCGCACUGCCCGCAGAGGGAAGGAGUUGGACAACCUCCAAGAGCGGAAUCGCCGGCUCAGCAAGCAGCUGGACUUCUGGGAUCAGCGCAUCGAGCACCGAAAGACGAUUGUGAAGGGCGAGCGGAAGCAACUGAGGAAGGAGUUCGGGAAGAAAUGGGAGAGGAAGCUUGAGCAAGCCCUCCUUGGAAAAGAGGAGGUCGAGGAGCCCGAAUCCGACAGCUUGCCAUCCUCAUCGUCGUCUUCGGAGUCGGAGGAGGAGCCAUCUGUGACCGCCGACGAGACAGAAGGCCUGCUGUUUCGGGGUUGGGAUUGA